AUGCCCUUUACCGCAGGGACAAUGAGCUUUGCCCUGACUUCACCAGAGCUUCUUGACCUCGACUCGUAUCAGCGGACUCUGAAGCGACUCAUUGCUGGGCUGGCGUCCUUGAACAACAAAAACCAUAACAACGGCAACAAUAGCAAGCGCACUGGUGGUAGUGUGUCUGCACCCCUUUCAUUGACUGCAGGGGCUUCUACUUUGGAAGUCAACCUGGGUGCAGGAGCAGCCUUCAUCCUCGAUACCACUCUUGUUGACCAUCACGCCAGCAACAAUACCGAUAUCGUCAUAGAUGACAGCCAUCGACCUGGACAUCAAAGCUACCCACUCUCGUUCGUUGCCUCGGGUCAACUCCCUGCUCUGAAUUCCCCUCCCCUCUCCGACACCACGACGACGGUACAGGCGCGCCCAGUCCUGUAUUACAUCCGCCUCCCAUGGAACCCUCAGAUUCACGGAAUCCAAUGCCAGCUCUCCGCAAGACGUCUCGCCAGCCAACAUGUGGCCAUUCUCGACCGUGUCUUCCGACGUCUCUGUGAUGCCUCACCGGGUGCGUUUAUGGUCGGGUAUAGUGAUGGGCUUUCGGGGGUUGAUGCUGGGACGGAGGUUGUUUAUUCUGGAGAGAACAGUCGGUAUGCACAGCACCACUACCAUUACAACCAGUCGACGGUGCGAGCGAUGGCGGGGUCGGGACCGCUGGACCAGAGUAUUGCUAUCGCGAGAGAUCGAGGGGACAUAGAUUUGGACCAUCGUGUUGCCGGGCUCGUCGGACAUGUGGACCAUCAUCACCAUCACCCUUCUACGACUACAGAAACGGCAGUACUGAAGAAGACAAUCAAGGAUCUAAAAAUGGACGUCAACACCCACCAGGACCAACUACAAUUACUACCUCCACAGCAGGAAAAGAACAUUGCUACGAAUGCGACAGUAGAUGGUCAGGACGGUAGUCUCGUAGCGAGGUUCCUUGUUGAAAACGACGCCGAUGUCCUUAACUACGAUUUUGGACUGGCAGAGGAUGUCGACCAAUGGGUCCAUGUCCAUGGGUCUGUCGAUAUUGACCAUCUGCACGAUACCCUCUGGGUCAAGUAA